GAGAGAGAGAGAGAGGAUGGGCUACGGCGAGAUCACCGCCUCGAAGGCCCUGGCGCUCCAUUUCCUCUGCGGCGUCGGUUUGGCCGCUGGCUAUGGCAUCGCCCGACUAGGCUGCGAUCUCAGCCUCGUCGCCGACCCCGCCCGAACCCUCCGUCUUCUCCUCGUGGUAGAAGGACCGGUUAUCAUCGGAAUUUAUGGUUGGGUUCGUCGAGAUCGCGAGCAUUGCUCUUAUUCGAAGGCUGUUGCGAGGGGACUGCUCGGACUUCCCAUUGGGGCUUUGCUAAAUGCAUUUGGGGCAAUUGUUCUGGGAGCACCUGUUGGUCUUAAGUACUGGCUAAGCACAAUCUACUGGUCAUCUCUUAUGUCAUUAUUCACUUUUGUGCCUGCGGUUUGUGUUUUUGGAACAUCAAGGACGGAUUGGCAACGGAUUCUAGCUUAUUCCAAGCCCAAGGAAGGAGUCGACUGUGUGAUUUCUUUACCGGCUCAAGGUGCUGUCAUCGGUGCAUGGCUCGGUGCUUGGCCUAUGCCACUUGACUGGGAGAGGCCAUGGCAGGAAUGGCCUAUUUGUGUUACAUAUGGAGCAAUUGCUGGUUACUCGGUGGGCAUGUUUGCUUCUGCAGUGUUUGUGCCCGUACUAGGAAGAAAGGUUCAUGUGAAGGAUGACUAACUUGUGGAUGUCAACAGGAAAUUUUGUAAUGGUAGAAUUCUUCACUGGACUCUGGAAGUCAGGAUGUGGAUAAUUUUAGUUCGUCGUGAUUUGUGUUUUAAUCGAUGCUUAAGUCUAACUCAUUUUUU